AUGGCCUCCUUCAUCACCCGCCGCGCCUUCUCGACCACCGUCCGCCGGUUGGCCCACGACGAGCAGCUCCUCAAGCAGGAGACCAAGCGCAACCCCGAGCUUAUGAUCCUCGGUGGCGUCAUGGUCGCUGCUCUCGCCGGUGCCGGUUUCUACUUCGGUAUGUUCUCUCGAGGAGCUUCCGUGACCCCGAUUCUCGUCAGAAGAUGGACGUUCACCACUGACCAACCCUUGCGUUCUACCAAAACAGGCCGAAGCCCGACCUCCUCCACCUCCGAGAAGACCGUCCCCAUGGCCAAGGACGCCAUGCCCUGGGAGUCCGGCUCCGGCUCGGGCAAGUACCAGUACCACCCCGGUGGCGACAAGAACGCCGCCCCCAAGGACGCCCCCAGCGCCGUCAACGUCGUCGUCGUCCCCAAUGUCGAGCUUCCCAAGCACCUGCACGACAAGUACAACAAGUGGGGCAAGGACGGCUACUAA